AGCAACAGGAAGCUAACCAGCACGGCUUGAAUUAUGCACCAUUUGUUAUGCCGGCAUAGAAGGCCUGCCGGGGUUUUCUCGGCUAUCUCACAGAAGAACCAGAUAUUUGGAAACUUGGGAAAUUCUCCAAACAAUAAGCAGGAGGCAUCCUUCGCCAUUCAGCAUGACCAGUGGUGGCUUGAGUCAUUAUGUCAAUGCCAGCCUUACUGUUCAGAUUAUUGGUCAUAACAACUUCCGAGAUCCGGCCCACCGUAAUCUUCCCUGUUCGACAACCCUGUCCGGAAAGGUCUACGAUAUCAAUUCCGAUCGGGCCAGCUGCAAAAUGGUCAGAAUCAGGGGCAUGUCCCCCAUCAGGCACUCGGGAUAUAGAUUUUAUGGAGCGACGCAGCAUAUGCAGCCUCCACAAAGAAAAUCCGAUGCAUUUGAACAAUGCAAUUGCAUCUUAAUUGAGUUAGCCCCAUGCUUCUCAGCAGAGGACUUUUUCUUUCUUUCAAGCAGAUCAUCAAUUCCCCCAGCGUAUGUUUGCUCUCCUCCAAUGUCGAUUUCGGGCUGUACUUGCUGUAAUUUGUACUUGGAGAUUUGUCUCUUGCAACCACAACCCUGGGACCGGGACGAACUUAUUCACCAGCAUGAAAGGCAAAAGUCGUAGAUGAUAAUAGCGCACAAACUUAUCCGCAACCUUUCAAGCCCUAGUGGAGCUGUAGCAGCCAGAAACACCCUGAUCUCCCAGCACCACAACCAGCUUGCGGCGAUCGCGAGUCAUGUACCAUCACAGCUUCCCCAUCAAAUACCAAUAACAUGGCCCCAGCAAGUCGAACAGGGCAAUGAUUGAUUUGGUGGCAUUGAUAUGAAUUCAGAUUGGCUCCGGCUCAGUUGCACGUCAUUGACACAAGAACGAUGUUCUGUGCCA